CGCGCAUGCGUCCGAGGAGGGCACCAGGCCGCAGAGCCGCUGCGAAAGCCGAGCGCGGGUUGGGCGGCUCCCGCCGGGGGACUGGACAGCGGCGCGGGCGCGGGCGCGGGUGGAGGCGCGGCUUCCUUGGCCGGUGGGGGCUGAUUGGACGCAGCAAGUGGAAGGGGUGGGCACCUCCGCGGAGACCGUCCACGGAUUGGCCAGAGUCUGCGGAGGCGUGGUCUUGAGGGGCGGGACGGGAGACCGCCCGCUGCUGAGGUGGUGGUGGUGGCGGCGGCCCGACCCAGUGAGCGAGUGGGUCUUCGGGUCCCAACCAUCACCCCGACCCGGGGACUGAAAGCCGGCGACGCCGGGGAGCCGGGGAGCCGGGACCUCCGAGGGCCUGGGCGGCAUCGGGGUGAAGCGCCAUCCGCCGAGUGCUGACCGAGGAGAGCGGGCGCCCCGCCCCUCGCUUUCUUCCUGGACCGCGCCUCGCUGCGCCUCCCCCACCGCCGACCCCGUGUCCCGCGCGGGCCUGAGCUCCGGGCUCCCGCGGGUGCGGGACACGGGGUGCGUGCGCCGCUCGGCCUGCGGGCCUGGAGGCUCCGGGGGGCCCCCUGAGUCCGGGGCCGGGCCCCUGCUCGCCCGCGUCCCCACGCAGACGCCAUGGCUGAGCCCCUGAAGGAGGACGACGGCGAGGAUGGCUCCGGAGAGCCCCCCGGGCCGGGGAAGGCGGAACCCACCGGCCCCGCCGCCUCCGUGGCGGCCAAGAACCUGGCCCUGCUGAAGGCGCGCUCCUUCGACGUGACCUUCGACGUGGGGGACGAGUACGAGAUCAUCGAGACCAUCGGCAACGGGGCCUAUGGGGUGGUGUCCUCCGCGCGCCGCCGCCUCACCGGUCAGCAGGUGGCCAUUAAGAAGAUCCCUAACGCUUUUGACGUGGUGACCAAUGCCAAGCGGACCCUCAGGGAGCUGAAGAUCCUCAAACACUUCAAGCACGACAACAUCAUUGCCAUCAAGGACAUCCUGAGGCCCACUGUGCCCUAUGGCGAGUUCAAAUCUGUCUAUGUGGUUCUGGACCUGAUGGAGAGUGACCUGCACCAGAUCAUCCACUCCUCGCAGCCGUUGACGCUGGAGCAUGUGCGCUACUUCCUGUACCAGCUGCUGCGGGGCCUCAAGUACAUGCACUCGGCUCAGGUCAUCCAUCGCGACCUCAAGCCCUCCAACCUGCUGGUGAACGAGAACUGCGAGCUCAAGAUCGGGGACUUUGGCAUGGCCCGAGGCUUGUGCACCUCGCCCGCCGAGCACCAGUACUUCAUGACUGAGUAUGUGGCCACGCGCUGGUACCGUGCCCCCGAACUCAUGCUCUCGCUGCACGAGUACACGCAGGCUAUCGACCUGUGGUCCGUGGGCUGCAUCUUUGGGGAGAUGCUGGCCCGCCGCCAGCUCUUCCCAGGCAAAAACUAUGUGCACCAGCUGCAGCUGAUCAUGAUGGUGCUGGGUACCCCGUCGCCGGCCGUGAUUCAGGCCGUUGGGGCUGAGAGGGUGCGGGCCUACAUCCAGAGCCUGCCGCCACGCCAGCCUGUGCCCUGGGAGACGGUGUACCCGGGUGCCGACCGCCAGGCCCUCUCCCUGCUGGGGCGCAUGCUGCGUUUUGAGCCCAGUGCCCGCAUCUCAGCAGCUGCCGCCCUUCGCCACCCCUUCCUGGCCAAGUACCACGACCCCGAUGACGAGCCUGACUGCGCCCCGCCCUUUGACUUUGCCUUUGACCGCGAAGCCCUCACACGGGAACGCAUUAAGGAGGCUAUCGUGGCCGAGAUCGAAGACUUCCACGCACGGCGCGAGGGCAUCCGCCAGCAGAUCCGCUUCCAGCCUUCCCUACAGCCUGUGGCCAGUGAGCCCGGCUGCCCCGAUGUUGAGAUGCCCAGUCCCUGGGCUCCCAGUGGGGACUGUGCCAUGGAGUCCCCUCCGCCGGCCCCACUGCCAUGCCCUGGCCCUGCGCCCGACACCAUCGAUCUGACCCUGCAGCCGCCCCCGCCGGCCAGUGAACCAGCCCCUCCAAAGAGGGAGGGAGCCAUCUCAGACAACACCAAGGCUGCCCUCAAGGCCGCCCUGCUCAAGUCCUUGCGGAGCCGGCUCCGAGAUGGCCCCAGCGCCCCCCUGGAAGCUCCCGAGCCUCGGAAGCCGGUGACAGCCCAGGAGCGCCAGCGGGAGCGGGAGGAGAAGCGGCGGCGACGGCAGGAGCGGGCCAAGGAGCGGGAGAAGCGGCGGCAGGAGCGGGAGCGCAAGGAGCGGGGCGCUGGGGCCUCCGGGGGCCCCUCCGCCGACCCCCUGGCCGGCCUGGUGCUCAGCGACAACGACCGCAGCCUGCUGGAGCGCUGGACUCGCAUGGCCCGGCCCCCGGCCCCCGCUCCCACGCCGCCCCCCGCCCGGCCCCGCAGCCCGCCUGCGGCCCCCCCGCUGCAGCCUGCCUGCCCGCCCGCUGGGCCUGCGGCCGCUCCACCCCAGACCACCGCCUCCUCCGGCCUCCUGGCCCCCCGGCCGCUGGGGGCCCCCCCUGGGCUGCCUGGCGCCAGCGCCCAAAGCGUUCUGCCUUACUUCCCCUCUGGCCCACCCCCUCCAGACCCCGGGGGGGCCCCUCAGCCCUCCACCUCCGAAUCACCCGACGUCACCCUGGUGACCCAGCAGCUGUCCAAGUCGCAGGUGGAGGACCCCUUGCCCCCCGUGUUCUCCGGCACCCCAAAGGGCAGUGGAGCGGGCUAUGGCGUUGGCUUUGACCUGGAGGAAUUCCUAAACCAGUCUUUCGACAUGGGCGUGGCUGACGGGCCACAGGACGGCCAGGCCGACUCAGCCUCGCUCUCAGCCUCCCUGCUCGCCGACUGGCUCGAGGGCCACGGCAUAAACCCUGCUGACAUCGAGUCCCUGCAGCGUGAGAUCCAGAUGGACUCCCCCAUGCUGCUGGCUGACCUGCCUGACCUCCAGGAGCCCUGAGGCCCGCAGUCUGUGCCUUGCUGCCAGGGGCAGACCCAGCUCCAAGAUCCGCAGGACCGUUCCCGAGGGCUGGAGCCCCGGGCCUGACAGGGGAAGCUCAGCUCGGAUUAUUCUGCAGGUUCAUCUCAGACCCACCCUGCGGCCUUAAGCGGCCACCUGAGCCAGCACGAGCCACGGCAGGAGGGGCAACCCCUACCCCCCCGAGCGAUACUUUUCAGUAUUGUAUUUUUUUUUAUUAUUAUUACAUUAUUAUUAUUACACAA